CAAGUCACCUUCAAAGGUAGCCACAUGUAUCCAAACGAGAGAUAACCAGGGCAUGCACCUAUUGAGGACUGGUUAAUGGAAAAGCAUAGUUCCUGUUCCACAGCCUGUUUCUUCCCCAAGAGAGCACAAGGCAGGCAACAGUAAGCCUCAGUGGCUGAGGAUAGCUCAGUCAGUAGAGCAUGAGACUCUUAAUCUCAAGGUCAUGAGUUCAAGCCCCACAUUGGGGAAAGGAUUUCUGCAUUGCAAGGGAUUGGACUCGAUAACCUUUGUGGUCUCUUCCAACUCUACAAUUAUAUGAUCUCUGUUCAGAACACUGGUAGAUAGAAGUGAUUUCUGCCUCCAGAUUCCUCCAAAUGCCUCCAAAUUCCAGUCCAAUGUAGAAGAGAACUCCUAUCCACAUGAUAGUGAGAAAAUAGGAUUGGGCCCAACCCUUUGACCAGUUAAUUGUUUCUGCCUAAGUCAUGGUCCAUAACAAGUCUUUUAAUGGUUCGUGUAUUCUAUGGUUAAAAUAACCAAACAGAUACAUACAUGAAAGGCACAUCUAUAGAAGUAACAGAAGGCUGGCAGUAACAUGAUUCAUUCUUCUGAACAGUUUCCCAGCCUUGUAUAAUGGACAUGAGCGCAAGGGAAGACUGUGGAUACCCAGGCAUCACUGCCGAGGAAUGCCAGGGAAGAGGAUGCUGUUUCAAUUCAUAUGUUGUUAGUACACGGUGGUGUUUUUACCCAACAUCCGUAACAGGUAACAGAGCAGCAACUUGCUUAAAUAAAAGACCACCCAAGAUGUGUGGAAUGGCACCAAACAAAAGGGUGGGUUGUGGAUUCCCUGGCAUCUCUGCUGAUGAAUGCUUGAAGAAAGGAUGCUGCUUUGAACAUUACCAGUAUGCCCAAAAUGUUCCCUGGUGCUUUGAACCUUUGCUUGCUUACCAAGAGCUGGAAGCUACGAUGGAGCAGAAGGGGGUCUGGAUACUUUCACUCAUUUUAAUUUUAGGACUUGGUGCAUUGGCCGAUGAUAAGAAAGCUCCACCGGAAUGCCGAUGUCACGUUGAUCCCAAAGCAAGAGUUAACUGUGGACCUCCUGGAAUCACUCCCCAGCAAUGCCGGGAUGCCGGGUGCUGCUUCAGUUCUGAAGUUGCAGGAGUGCCCUGGUGCUUUGCUCCAAGCCCCCCAAAAUAUAAAAAGGUAUGUCCUUCAGAGGUGAAAGUCAGGAAGAAUUGUGGAUACCCAGGAAUCUCUGCUGCUGCAUGUGAAGAGAGAGGAUGCUGUUUUGAGUCCCGUCCUCCCGCAGUUCCAUGGUGUUUCUUCCAUGUUGAGGUAGCAGAAGAAUGUUAAAACAAAGCUUCAGAAAUGGACAUUUGCACAAGGAGCAUCUCUGCCAAUGGAACAAUUCAAAAAGGAAAACAUGUCAUCAUCCACAUUGUGCUCUUGUAA